UGGCAGUUGACAACUAGCAUAUUUUGGCAGUUGGUUGUGGCUUCACAUGCUGUGCCUUUAGGGUUUGUACUCUUCCAACACUUACUGUUGCUAUAUAACUCACUACUUCUCAUUCCCCUCCUCUUCAUCUCCACUCAACCAUGGAUUCCUUCAAGAUCUUCGCCCUCUUCCUCCUCAUCUCCACCCUCUCCAUUUCCUCCGCCGUCGUCCAGCCCGAUUGCGGCUCCUGCUCCCAACCUGCCCCCAAAAAGCCCAAACCCACCGUGCCCGUGCCACCUGUGACAGUACCGAAGCUGCCCGUGCCCUUGCCGCCUGUGACAGUGCCGAAGCUGCCCGUGCCCUUGCCCCCUGUGACGGUGCCGAAGCUGCCCGUGCCCUUGCCGCCUGUGACGGUGCCGAAGCUGCCCGUGCCUCUGCCGCCUGUGACGGUGCCGAAGCUGCCCGUGCCCCUGCCGCCUGUGACGGUGCCGAAGCUGCCCGUGCCCCUGCCGCCUGUGACGGUGCCGAAGCUGCCCGUGCCCCUGCCGCCUGUGGCAGUACCGAAGCUGCCCGUGCCCCUGCCGCCAGUGGGGGGGACACCGAAGGGGAAAAGUGGAUGCCCGCCGCCGCCGGCGAAAGGAGGUAAGGAGGAGACGUGCCCCAUCGACACACUGAAGCUAGGUGCAUGUGUGGAUCUUCUGGGUGGGUUGGUGCACGUGGUGGUGGGAGACCCCGCCGUGAACGAGUGCUGCCCCAUCAUCUCCGGCCUGGCCGGGGGGGAAGCCGCCGCCUGCCUCUGCACCACCCUCAAGAUCAAGGCUCUCGACCUCAACAUCUUUGUUCCUUUAGCCCUUGAGCUCCUCGUCAGCUGCGGGAAGUCGCCGCCGCCCGGCUACACUUGCUCUCUCUAGGUUUGUAUCUGACAUGAGAGGAUGUCACCUUUCUCGAAUCCAUAUCGUCGUUGUUUCUAGUUUGUCUUGAGAUUAAUCGCUCUUCUUUUUUUUUUUCUUUUUUUUUUUUCUAUGUUGAAUUAUUUAAUUUGCAAUUGUUUAUCAUGAUUUCAUUAUGUAAAAUUAGUUUCACAGUUAUGUACGGUCUGCAGCACGCAUGGAAGCAAUUGAAGAUUGUGUUCCAUUUUCUCAAUUGUAAUUCUUUACUAUUAAUCUCAGAAAUGAGACUGUAUUGUGCUUGAGAUACGUACAUGCAUAAACAGGAUGGUUUCAGCAUUGGUUUUA